AUGUGGCUGGACUCUGGAUCCGAUAUCCGGUCUCUCAUCCUUCCUCCAAGCUUUGAGUGCACCGCUUUCGCAGACGCGUGCGCCGAUGCUAUGUCGGUGGGGAUGGGUGGUUUCGUCCGGUUGCCCGAUCAGCGCCAGUUGUUCUUUCAGGUUACCUUUACGAAGCCUCAGAUGCUCCGCUUGUUUUCGUGGCUUCCGUCCGACUGUUCUUUGCAGUCCUACAUUGCCACUUGGGAGCUUGCCGCACAGGCGGCUCUUCUUCUGCUGCUGCACCGCCUUCUUGGCGAAGGCCACCUUCCAUGUCACACGAUCUUCCGUUCCGACAACUCCGCCGCUGAGUCGGCGUCGUGGGAGGGAACGGCUGCGCAGCGCAUUUCCGUUCAUGUGGUUCACAUCCCCCACGUUUCCAAUGAAGUCGCCGACGGCCUCAGCCGAGGGUCCGACCCGGCGGACUUUGGCUUCCGCCCGGCCGACUGCGUUGAGAUCGAUUGGAGCUCCAUAUCAUCCGUUUCUCCUAUGCGGUUCUACCCGUCAUUCGAGCCAUUCCGCGGCUUUUCUUCUCUGUUUGAUGUCCGGUGGGACGCUGUGCUUGAUGGUCUUUUUGGGGCGGUUCCCAGCGUUCGGCUAGAUCAUCUUUGGUCCGACCGCCGCCAAAAGGACCGGAGAUCUUUCUCGGUCCGCCCGAGGUCGGUUUCACCGGACGUCCGGACUUCAGGCUGA